GUGGAAACACUGUUCCUUCCCGCACGUGCUGCUGUCUAAGAGCGCCUUUAAACUAUUUGGUGUUGUUGAUAAAUUGGUUGAUAUUUAUAAAUAUGGAUAACCCAGAAAUUAAAGCUAGUGAGUCCAGCUCUGAUGAGGAGGCAUUCGAGGACAUCGAUGAUAAUGAAGAAAUUGAAGACGCCGACGACGAAGGAGAGCCAACAACUUGUUUAUUUUGCACUCAAGUUUUUUCCAGUGUCGAUCCGGCGAUCGAGCAUUUGAAUAGCCAGCAUAAGGUGAAUUUGGCGCAGCUUAAGCAGAAAUUCCAAAUGGAUCAGUAUGCAUUCAUUAAGUUAAUAAAUUACAUACGUGGAGGUCGAAUAACUGCUGAGCAGCUUCUCCAAACCAAACAACCAGAAUGGAAUGAUGAGAAAUAUUUAAAGCCCAUUCAGUACGAGUCGUGGCUUUGCUACGACUACGAUGCUAUCACAACUGAUGCUCCACAGGCAGCAGCGAGCGUACCCGAGUUGCUGCAACGCAUUGCCGAGCAAGGACAAUUGCUGCAACAAGCCAGCGAAGAUAUGGAACGCAUGCGCAACGACUACAGAGAUCUGUUACAGAAAGUGCACAGCGAGGGAAAGGAUACCGCAGCAACCAAUAAUGGAGUUGUGCGUAAUGCUCCAUCUUUUGACAAGGAAUAUUUCAAUAGCUAUUCACACUUUGGUAUACACCAUGAAAUGCUCAGCGAUACGGUUCGCACUAGCACCUACCGCUCUGCGCUAAUGGAAAACCAGAAAUAUUUGAAUGGAAAGUCCGUUUUGGAUGUGGGCUGUGGCACGGGCAUACUCUCCAUAUUUGCAUCUCAAGCUGGCGCUAAAAACGUCGUUGGCAUUGACAAUUCAGAGAUUGUAUAUACUGCAAUGGAUAUCGUCAGAAAAAAUAAAGUUAAGAAUGUGCAGCUCAUUAAAGGUCGAUUGGAGGACACUGAACUGCCCGAGGCCAAGUACGAUGUCAUCAUAUCGGAAUGGAUGGGCUAUUUUCUGCUCUACGAGGCCAUGUUGGACACGAUUAUCUAUGCACGCGAAAACCAUCUGAAUCCCAAUGGGAAAAUUCUACCCAAUCGCUGCACACUCCAUUUGGUGGGCAUAAAUGAGACGCUGCAUGAGCAGCACGUAGAGUUCUGGUCAGAUGUGUAUGGAGUGGAUAUGAGUGAUCUGCGUAAGCGCAGCAUAGAGGAGCCGCUGAUUGAGGUGGUCAACCCAGAGCACAUACUAACCGACAGCCAAGAAAUAGCCAGCUUUGAUAUGAUGACCGUUGAUCUGAGCUAUUCGAAUUUUUCGCAUGAAUUCCAUUUGAAGUGCACCCAAACGGGCAAGCUGGCUGCCUUUGUGGGUUACUUUGACACAUUCUUUGAUCUGGACAAGCAAAUCAUGUUCAGUACUUCGCCAGCUGCGACGCCCACACAUUGGAAACAGACGGUCUUCUUCAUGGACCAGCCACAAGCGGUGGAGAAGGAUCAGGUGAUAAGCGGAAAGAUCAUGUCGAGGCGACACCAAGGAGAUGCUCGUGCCUUACGCGUGGACAUUGAGGCGUUCGGCAAACUGUUUAAAUACACUGUUGAUUAAUUUGUUGGUCUUCAGAUUGUUUUAAUGCAAGAUUUGUUUUGUAGACAAAAUGUGAACUUAAUUAAUUGUAAAAGUAUGUAAUAUAUAAAUUAAAAUGAGUACACGUCGCCGGGUAAGCUGGUUUCGUGCUUAGAGCCAAGAAAACAA